UCUACACCGAUGGGACCCGGUGAUCCUCGACGAGUGCGGCCACAACUUCUGCCGAGCCUGCCUAACCCUCUGCUGGGAGGAGUCGGGGGCAGGGGGGGCUUCCUGCCCGAUGUGUAAGCGACCCGCUCGGCAGAGGAACCUGAAGCCAAAUCGGCAGCUGGCGAACGUGGUCGAAAUUGCCAAGAAACUCAGUCAUCAGGGGGGAAGGGAGGGGGAGGCCAAGGGGAGGGUCUGCGAGAAGCACCAGGAGCCCCUCAAGCUCUUCUGCAAGGACGACGAAGCCCCCCUCUGCGUGGUCUGCGACAGGUCCAAGGACCACCGAGAUCACCGGGUCAUUCCCGUGGAAGAGGCUGCCCAGGAGUACCAGGAUAAAUUUUGCUGCUGUCUUGGGCUGCUGAGGAAGGAGAGAAAGGAACUUUUAGCACACCAAGUAGAUCUAGUUGGGAAAAGCCAAGAUCUGCUGGGCCAGACAGAAGUAGAGAGGCAGAAGAUGGUGGCUGAGUUCAGAAAAAUGCACACAUUUCUGGAGGAACAGGAGGAACUUCUGCUGGCCCAGGUGGAAGAGGUGAAGGAAGAGAUUGCAAGAGAAAAAGACAAGCAGCUGGCCUGGCUGUCCAAGGAAAUCUCCUCUCUUGGAAGUCUCAUCCGGGAGGUGGAGGAGAAGAUUGAGCAGCCAGUGGCUGAAUUCCUACAGGGUGCCAGAAGCUCCUUGCAGAGGUAUGAGGAAAAAGAAAAGUUCAGGAAUCCAGCCACUUUUACGUCGAAGCUGAAGUGGAGGAUCUGGGAGCUCUGCGACAGAAGCCACUCUCUGGAGCUCGCCCAGGCUCUGCCUGUUCUUAUGCUGGCCCUGGCUUGGCGCCUCUGCAAGGUGGGCGCCGGCGACUCCCGUGAGGCCUGUGAGGAGCUCCACAUCGGCCUCCUGCGCCUACUCAGCCUCCUCCUGUGCCUCUGCCCUGCCACCACCCGGGCCCCCUACCUGCUCGAGGCCAUGCGCGUCCUCUGCACCGCCCUCCUCAACCCAUGA